CCCGAGAAAUCGCUCGCUCUUCGCUGCUUCUCACUUUCCCCGUUUCACGAUUCCGAAGUGUUUGGUUGUUUUUCGUUUUUUUUUUCUUCUGCCGUCGUUGGAUUUGCCUCGCCGGAGUGGGUGUCGUCGGUGGCCGAGGUGGGGGGCGUCGUGGUUUGAGCUGUUUUGGAUGAAGGUUUGAUCUGGGUUUGGUCGGUGAGUAGGUGUUAGGAGGAGGAAGGCAAGGCUGGAAGGAUGAGCUUUGGUGUUGUGGAUAUGGACGAGGAGGGCGGCGCGGCGGUAGCGGCCGAUGAGAUCCGGCGGCUGCCCGCGGAGGUGAACUGGGAGAUGCUCGACAAGUCGCGGUUCUUCGUGCUCGGCGCGGCGCUCUUCUCGGGAGUCUCCGCGGCGCUGUACCCGGCCGUCGUGGUCAAGACGCAUCUGCAGGUGGCGCCGCCGCCGCAGGCGGCCACCGCGACCGCGGCCGCCAUCCUCAGGCGGGAGGGCCUCCGGGGGUUCUACCGUGGGUUCGGCGCGUCGCUGGCCGGCACGGUGCCGGCUCGCGCUCUCUACAUGGCAGCGCUCGAGGCAACCAAGAGUUCGGUCGGAUCCGCCGCCGUCCGACUCGGCGUCUCGGAGCCCGCGGCAUCGGCCGCCGCCUCCGCCGCCGGGGGCGUUUCCGCUGCCAUCGCCGCGCAGGUCGUGUGGACGCCCGUCGACGUCAUCAGCCAGCGGCUGAUGGUCCAGACGUCCUCCACUUGCCGCUACCGCGGCGGCGUGGACGCCUUCAAGAAGAUCCUCCUCGCCGACGGCGUCCGUGGCCUGUACCGCGGCUUCGGCCUCUCCAUCGUGACGUACGCUCCAUCCAACGCCGUGUGGUGGGCGUCGUACGCCAUGGCGCAGCGCUUCAUCUGGCGCAUCGUCGGCGCCGAACGCUCGGAGAGCUACCCGUCGCUGAUGGCGGUGCAGGGCGCGAGCGCCGCCUUGGCAGGGGGCGCGUCGGCGAUCGUGACCAUGCCGCUGGACACCGUCAAGACGCGCAUCCAGGUAAUGGAAACCGAGGGGGCGGCGGCGGCGCGGCCGACGCUCAAGAGCACGGUUCGCGGCCUGCUCAAGGAAGGCGGGUGGGCGGCGUGCUACCGCGGGCUCGGGCCGAGGUGGGGAUCCAUGUCGCUCUCCGCGGCCACCAUGGUUACCACCUACGAGUUCUUGAAGCGACUCUCGGCCAAGGAGGGGUCUUUCGAUUAGGUCCUUGAUCUAUAGUAGCGUUCAUCAAGUGACCCAACCAAAUUAGCCUCGAAUCGAUCGAUCCUCGAAGGGUGGUUACUUAGGAUUAAUGUAUAUAGGCCCAAGAUCUUUGAUUUAAAUUUCUUCCUUUUUUCUCAUUUGGUUUCUCGAUCCGCCGCUAUAGAGGAAGGGCAAGGAGAAGCACUAGAAGGGUUUUAGGAUGCAAAAUUUUGCUGGUUUUGCUGUCAUGUUAGUGAUGAUGAAAAUCUCCGUAGUUUUUGCUGCGCCGAUGAGCCGGCAAUGAUGAUGAUGAAAAAUUUGGUGAACUGAAGAAUUUCCAGUCAAAAAAUUCUUGCCUGUGAUGUUCUAAGUU